ACCUGCUUUAGGCCCGUUUAGCUCCCAAGUGCCCGCGCAGAGGUGCCCAUGUCUCCCUGUUUCUUACACUUGAAGGUUCCAGAUCUCGUCCAUCGCCCUCCGUCCGCCUGCAACACGGCGCGCCCUUAUUGGGAAAUUUCGUCAUCGCCCUACCACCACCGAUCCGCCCCCGGCCAAGCAAAAGUUUAGACCCAUCGAACGCGCAACCGGAACCUUGCGCACCGUCCCCCGUAGCUCCAUCGCGGUCGCCUCCAGUGGUGAAGACUGUGACUGGAAUUCCGCAUAUCCCUUAGGCAUCGACUCGACUAUCCGGGUGCCGUCGCGCAUCAACACGGAUCACCACCAACGGCAUCUACGCCUAUAACGCAGGCCAAUUCACCAUCAUGGAUCCCAGCCAAGCCGGUGGGGGAGGGUCCAACAACUCCAGCGACUUUGUGCGCAAGCUGUACAAGAUGCUGGAGAACCCGAGCGACGAGAGUGUAGUACGAUGGGGAAACGAUGGCGACAGUUUUGUCGUUCUGGAAAACGAGAAAUUCACAAAACACAUACUCCCUAAGCACUUCAAACACAGCAAUUUCGCCAGUUUCGUCCGCCAGCUGAACAAGUACGAUUUCCACAAAGUUCGUCACAACAACGAAGAAAAUGGACAGUCACCUUACGGACCUGGAGCUUGGGAAUUCAAGCACCCCGAUUUCAAGAUGAACAACAAGGAUGCGCUCGACAACAUUCGUCGAAAGGCUCCCGCGCCACGAAAACCCAACCAAGCCGCCGCUGAAGAGUUUGCGCCCUCGCAACAAAUGGACAUGGUCAGCGGACAAUUGAUGGCCACGCAAGCCCAACUGCACGCGCUCGAGAGUCGCUAUAGUGAAUUGAGCAUCCACCAUUCAAUGCUGUUGCAAGAGGUCAUCGGGCUACAAAAGACGGUUGUCAACCACGAGCAUGUUAUGCAGCAGAUCAUGACUUUCCUACACGGCGUUGAUGCGACGCAGAGGAGGAACAGCAAGCUCGUUUUCCCCAACGGCACCGACUCGCAGAACGGCAGCAUGGAACCCGCCGCGGCCACCGACGACGAUAACCCUGCUUCUCCGUUGCAGCACGCUUCUAAACUUCUAAGCGAAACAAACGCAGAUGCUAUGUUGAACCCCCGAAAUCUGGAGCAGAUGAACGAGAUCACCAUGCGGAUGAACGGCACCUUGACAACACCACCACCGGAUUUCGCGCGAGCAACACUGCGGCCGACGAGCCGCGGACCGCCCUCAGCGACUUCUACCAACUCCAUGCGUCUGGAAAACCUCGAUAACCUCGUUUACCCUGUCGGUUCCAAUCAAGGUAUCGACCCCAUGUACAGCGAGCACAUCAACAACAUUCCAUAUGCUGCUCCACCGAAAGCAGUAGAGUCCAGUGAGCCCAGGAUCCCAGAGCCGAAGAGGAAAAAUGCUAUUCCAGACCCAGGAUGGAUUCGACCACCUCAGAUCUUGCUUGUUGAGGACGACCCCACGUGUCGUCGAAUUGGAAGCAAAUUCUUGUACGCUUUCCACUGCUCCAUCGAUAGUGCCCUCGAUGGCUUGGAAGCUGUCAACAAGAUGAACGCUGGCUCAAAGUACGAUUUGGUUUUGAUGGAUAUCAUUAUGCCCAACCUGGAUGGUGUAUCAGCAUGCCACUUGAUUCGACAGUUUGACACUACACCGAUCGUUGCUAUGACUUCUAAUAUUCGAAGUGACGACAUCUCGAUGUACUUCCAGCAUGGUAUGAACGACGUUCUCCCAAAGCCGUUCACCAAGGAAGGUCUUCUACACAUGCUAGAGAAGCACCUUGUGCAUCUGAAAAAACCAGUAGCUCAGGCUGACGGGACCAUGGUGGCACCUCAGCCUGUGCAAAUAGCACGACAACUGGUGCUCAAAGAGGAAGAUUCUCCAGCCAAAUCUCCCCAGGCGGUCAGCAACUGGAACUCACCCAACCAAAUGCCGGGCGUCUCUCCGGUAGGCAGCACGGUCCCAGAUGAUUUUGCGCAGGCAAUGCGAGGCCAGCCAGUCCAACACCCAGGUCCAUAUGGAGUGAGCCCCAUGCACGGGAACAUGGGAUACAGUACCUCACCACACAUGCAGAUGCAAUCACAGCAACAAUCACAACUAGCGCCAGGUCAUCGCCGUCAAGUCUCGGAAAUAUCAGGAGGCGACGAUAUGAAUAACCCAGCGAAGCGUCAGCAAAUGUACCCUCCCCAAAUGCAACAGCAGAUGGGGCCCAUGCAGCCGCGCCCACGUUGAUAGCAGGCGCAACGACACGGUCAGGCGGUCUUGCUAUUCAAUCAUCACAACGAAUGUGGUGCAGCCACCUGCUGCAGGAUGACAGGUGUUAAUCAUAGGCUGUACUGUUGGACGAAGAUGUCCCAGCCAUUUCAGGGCCGAUAGUCGUGAUCGGCCCUUGUAUCUACAGGAGAAAAGGUGCAAGAAUAGGAUAGCUCAGGGAGCUGUCUGCCAGGGUAUUUAGGACCUGCAGGGUCUGAGGCGUUCCAGGUUAUCCAUUGUAUCAGGUCCGGGUUGGACGGCUGCUAGAAAAUACCCUACUUGCUAGAUAAACAAUUCCAUUCUUCUCUCGAAUAUAGGGAAGACAAAAUCAGGCAAUGUCAAAUACUUGUACA